CCCAAAGCCAAGAGUACAUGAUUAUAGGCCAUACGCUCUCUCCCUCUCCCGCUCUCUCUCUCUCUCUCUCUCAGCCUUUCUCUCGCUUUCUCUCCCUUUCUGUGUCUGGUAUUGAGGAGGAGUCGCACAACACGUUGUGAUUUGGUGACCACUGCUUUGGACACGACAUCGGGAACCACUGCUCUCCCAGACUGUUAUAAUCGGCGUCAAUUGAAUCGUUAGACACAACUAAGACAUGGAAGGCGAUGAAGGAGAGUAUCACGAGGUGGCGGCAUCGGGUGCGUCGGCCACAUACCCGGUCCAGUGCUCCACACUCAGGAAGAAUGGCUUUGUCAUGAUUAAGGCCCGUCCCUGCAAGAUCAUGGAGAUGAGCACUUCCAAGACUGGCAAACAUGGCCACGCUAAGGUUCAUUUGGUAGGACUCGAUAUUUUCACUAAUAAAAAGUAUGAAGACUUGUGUCCAUCGACUCAUAACAUUGAUGUGCCGAAUGUGAACCGAAGUGACUUCCAGUUGAUUGAUAUCAGUGACGAUGGUUUCGUCACUUUGAUGAACGACAAGGGAGACACUCGCGACGACCUCCGCAUCCCUGAGGGAGAAAUGGGCCAAAAAAUAAAGGAAGAAUACGGUCGCGAAGAUAACACCGUUAUUGUGACAGUGAUGUCUGCUGUGGGCGAGGAAGCGAUCAUUGCGUGUAAAAACGCCAACGCAUAGUCUUUUGCACCACAAAUCCAUUUAGUGUUUUAAUGAUUAUUUUCACAUCAAAUAAUCGCCGAAAAUAUAUCUAUACAUAGAAACACCAAACAAUUGUUUUUUUAUUAUUAUGAUUACUAUAACUAAAUUGAGGGGAAAAUCUUUUUUAUUAUAAUUAAAAACAACAUAAAAACAUAACUUUUUAUUUUCGGGAGCACUGGAUAUGUGAAAAAGAAAUGAUUAUUAAUUUUCUAUUGAAUUUGAAUUAUUAAAAGUUUGAAAAUUAUUGCGAA